AUAUAUUUCUGUUUUUAAUCAUUUAAAUCUGUAUUUACAAACUGAGACAUAAAAACCAUUUUUUACUGAAUUAAAACUUAUUUUCUCUGUCAGAUAUUCAGUAAAAAUCAUCAGAAAUGAAUGACGUAUUAUUCUGUCUCUUUUCUGCAGCGCCCCCUGCUGUGGCAGAGUGAAAACUGCAUGUUCAUUUCUGAGAAGUUUCCUAUUUAACAAUAAAUGUUGAAAUAAUCUAAACUCUGCAUAGACGUUGGUCAGAAUAAGAUGAGUUGGAUGGUUUCGGUUUUUAUUUGUGGUUGGUGUCUCCAGCUGACCAAUCAGACGCCUGAUGUGGUUUGGAUUCUGUUUUCUGUUUUAACAUAAAUCCGUCAGAAAAAACUUCCUGUUAUUCUGGCUGUGAAGAUGAUGAUCAAAAACUUUCUGACGGGUUCUGUUUCUCGUCUUGCCACCUCGGCUACAAUCAUUGUGAUUUUUACUCACAAUGUUUUAUUUGAGAGAGAAGUGUCCUGCACCUGCAGGAAUCAGAGCCUUGGCUGUGGGAUCUAUAUCACUCUUCCAGUUUUUACCAUCAUGUUUUUGUUACUUUGGAUGAACAAAGUCUUCAUCGGUUCCUGCAGGAUGUGCAGCUGCUUCACGUUGUCUCCCCUGAAGUGUGUCUGUAAAUGUAGAGGGAAGUGUGUUCGUGUGGUUGUUCUCCAGACUGUGAAGGUUUCCCUGACUGCUCUGCUGUGGGUCGUCUCUGUGCUGCUGGACGGAGACUGGUUCGCCUGCUGUCAGAACGGACUCUCUGGAGAGGAUGCUCUGAUUCCCUGCAAGACAAACAGAACCUUACACGAACAAAUCCUUAUCGAUAAACUGAAAAACAAGUCAAAGGUCAUUGGCCUGGGAACGCUGUCGUCCAUCCUCUUCCUGGCUGUUUGCUUCUCAGCGGUGAGAUGGAGGAAAUGCUGCGACAGCAAAACCUCUGCAGAGCAAAGAGACGGGAAAUGCUGGAAAUGUUGUUCAGACGACUGCAGGACCUGCUGCGAGGACUGCCUCUAUAGCUGUGAUGGAUUUGCUCCCUAUGAGCUGAUUGUUGUAAAAGAAGGAGAAAAUAUCGUGAACCAGAUUCUGAAAGAAAAAGCCAAAGAAGCUCUGACCCAAAACGUUGAAGAAAUCCUGAAUCGGAACAACAAGAACAGAUUUAUUGAAGGUUUUGAUGCAGCUGAAGAACUGAUUAAAGAACUGUGGCCUCAAGAGAAGCAGCCUUCAGGAAGUGGAAAAGACAAUAAAGCUGAAAUUCAUAAAGAUGUUUGGAAAUUCACUUUUGCUGAGGCCCAGCAGAUUUCUCUUCAGUUGGUUUCAAAACCGGAGAAGAAAGAUGGAGGAAGUUCCCUGGAUGAGGCAGGAGGGGUCCAGGGUGCUGAAUGUCCACCAUUUCCAUCACAUGGAGGUUCAUCAGGUCAAACAGAGAAUGCCAAUGGUCAUCGUCAUGGUUACGAUCCACCACAGAUUCAGGAAGGAGGUGAAGAAGUUCCAAUGGGAAAUGUCUCUAGUUCAGGUGGAAACCAGAACAAUCCUCCACCGUCCGACCCGGUGGAUCCACCUUCACAGGAUCAGGAGAGCAGAUCAUAGACCCUCAGCAACAUGUUCAACUUUGUUUUUUUAUUUUCCUGAUACCAGAAAUUUAAUUAAAUUAGAAAAAUGUCAGCAAAACAAAAUGUUUUUUAGUGUAAAUAAUAUACAUUUCCAGACUACUGUAGAUGUGAAAACAGAUUUUAAAACAUGAGUUAUAUUUUACAUUUUAUUAAUUUAUAAUAGUUUAUAUGUAAUAUUUGAUAUUAGUAUGUUAUAUAUUCUUUAAUUUUUCAGCAUAUUAGGCCACAUAUUCAGUUAAAACCAGAUAAAACACGCUACAAAAAGACAUCAAGUCAAAUUAAACUUUUCUUGUUUAAAUAAAUUAAGAUGAUUAAAAUUAUUAUUCAUCUUUUAUAAAAUCAGAUGUUUGGAUGCAGAAACCAGGUUUCAGUUUCUGUCCUCUGAGCUGAUUGGACUAAACUGAUGGUUACUUCUUUUCCUGUCUGGGUUAGCAUUAGUGGUAACAUCACCAUUAGCGUUAGCACUAGCUUUAGCACUAGCAACAGCAUUAGUGUUAGCAUUAGGGUUAGCAUUAGCGUUAGUUUGAAGGUUACGACCCUGGCCGUCCAUCUAGUGGAUCAACUGGUUUCUUAUAUUUUGUUUGGUCUUUUCUGGCCACAUGUCCUAGUUAAAACCUGUUGGCUGCUAACUGAUGUUAACUGUCAUGUCAGCGUGACCUUUGACCUCCAGGUUAUUGAAGCGUUUGCAAAUAAUUCUGCAGCAGCUGGAGUUUGAAAUAUUUAUUUAGAUGAUUUUCUAUAGAGCUACAGCCUGGAGCGGCUCCACCCUUUGACCUUUGACCUCUGGUUGUGUUUUUACAUGUUGA